AUGGCUCCAUCAAGAAAAAAUGCAAGAAAACCAAGAAGAACCUUAAAGAAGAAGAAGAAUAUGGUUCAAGAGACUAAUUCGUUGUUAUGUUCUGAUCAUGAUACAGUGUUGAACUUGAAUAAGAUGGAUGAGAUUAAUAGUAUUGGAUGUACAACUCCUAAAGCACAAAAGUACCAGAUUCCGGAGAUUCUAACAUGCCCACCGGCUCCGAAGAAGAAACCGAGGCUUGUUUCGAGUUGUACAUUGAGAAGAUCACCGAUAUCUUUCUUUGAUCCUCCUGAUAUAGAGGUGUUCUUUGCUUCUCACUUGGCAUCUAUUUAUAAUCAUGUUCAUACACCUGUAAGAUGA